CAGGUGAAAAGUUUCAAUGCGGCGGCGAUAGAGAGCAGUGGUUUGCUCACUGUGUUAACAGCCGGAAGUACAGGCAGCUGGAUUAGCACGAGCCUCCACCAUGGAGCUAAAACAGUGUCCCUCGCGACUCAAACGUUUGGGUGUUAACCCCCCACAGAGGCGGGGUGACCUUUCUUUAAAUCCAAAAAGAGUUUGCAGCUUUGUGACAACGACCGUUCCUCCAAACAUGUCGGGCUUUUCAGCUGUCAACAAAUCACCGUGUGUCCGCUGCGUCGUCUUUCCACCUUUGAGGAACUUUGACAAAGCGCUUUGGAGAGAGCGGCGAGCAGGAUGGAGGAUUAGGAAUAUUUCUACAGUGACACAGAUGCCCACAAGAGAGCUGAGUACCUCUGUCAAAGCCGCCCAGUAUCUGAAACCUGAUGUACCAAAGUCUGACAGUGGGAAGCUGUUUUUUGAUACCCAUGCAGUUGUGCGGAUUUUUGAGGAAAAUGGCUUCACGACUCUGCAAGCUGAGGUGAUGGUUGAAGUGCUGGCGAGGAUGACAAACUCCAACAUGAACGUCAUCUAUAAUGACAUGGUAACCAAGGUGCAGCAGGAGAUCAUGUUGCAGCGCUUGAUGUCUCAAAUAGCAUCGGUAAAGAAGGACAUGGUAAUCCUUGAGAAGAGCGAGUUCACUGCUUUACUGGCAGAGAAUGAUAAACUCAAGAUCCAGCUAUGUCAGAUCAUGGUCACACUGAUUGAUGCCAUGAAUAAAGUUCGCUCUGACACUGUCAUGGACAUGAAUUUGGAGAAAAGUCGUGCAAAAGAAUUAAAAGUGGGACAUGAUAAGAUGCUUCUGGAAAGGCGGGCUGAAAUUCUGGAAAUGACUGCAGACCAAGAUCGUCAUUUAAGUCAGACCAACAUGAAAAUAGAAACCGAAGUGGCUGGUUUGAAAACCAUGUUAGAAUCUCACAAGCUGGACACUAUAAAAUACCUUGCAGGUUCAGUCUUCACCUGUCUCACGGUGGUGUUGGGUUUCUAUCGUAUUUGGAUGUAAACAGGACUAUGAUUAUGAGUUUAAACUUUCAAAUUCACUGAAUCUAACAAUAAUUAGAUACCAAAUUAGUUUUAUGUCCGAUGGUUAGCAUACAUUGUUGCAUUGUUAUCUCAGAAGUAGAAUCUAUGAAAUACAGGCUCUGCCAAUAUAUCACUUGUGGAAGUUUUUGAAAUGGUUAAAUAUAGACUCUUUCAUUAUUUUAUACCCUCAGAAAGGAUAACUGUACCAUGGUUAUUUUGGGGCUGCCAGAAUGUAUCUAACAAAUAUAAUUAAAAUGUUUAAGGAGUCCACAA